AGGCGGGACGGGGGGGCUGAUUCUGGAAGCCAUUACGCCAGCGUCGCAGGGCGGAGGCCGUUGAGCGGGGCCCGCCGGGUGCUCGCGGUACGCAAAUUGCGUACCGUUGGCGGUUGCUAAGGGCCGGGGUUGGGGGAGGGGGGGGGAGGGGGGCACGCGGCCGCCACCGGGCCCUGAGGGGCCCCGGGCCCCCCCCGUCCUCCCCGCCGCGGGGCCCGGCGGGCCGGGGGGGCCCCAACCCCUCGGGGACCCCCUGAGGCGCCCCCCCCCGGAGCUCCCCCGAGGGCCAUGGCGUCGCCGCCGGCCCCCCCGGCCAAGAAGCGCAAGAUGAACUUCUCGGAGCGCGAGGUGGAGAUCAUCGUGGAGGAGCUGGAGCGCGGCAAGCACCUGCUGGUGAACCACUUCAACGCCGGCGUGCCGCUGGCCGCCAAGGCCGCCGCCUGGCACGACAUCCUGCGCCGCGUCAACGCCGUGGCCACCUGCCGCCGCGAGCUGCCCGAGGUCAAGAAGAAGUGGUCGGACCUCAAGACCGAGGUGCGCCGCAAGGUGGCCCAGGUGCGGGCCGCCAUGGAGGGCGGAGGCGAGAGCCAGGGCAACGGCGGCGGCGGCGGCACGGAGGGCGAGGACGCGGCGGGAGCGGCGGCCGCGCCCGUCAUCCUCACGCCCAUGCAGCAGCGCAUCUGCAACCUGCUGGGAGAGGCCACCAUCAUCAGCCUGCCCGGCGGGGAGUGCGGCGCGGGUGACGGGAGCGAGAUCCCCAUCACCGCCGCGGCCGCCACCGUCACGCUGACGCAGAGUGAGUGCCGAGCCCGCCAGAGGUGCGGUUGGAGGUCUCGUGGGGAGCCCUGUGUGGGGAGCCCCCCGGCCAAAAGGAGCCUCUGUAACAAAACGACCGUUCCCAACGUGUCCUUGUGCUGUCGGAGAGCGGCUCCAAGAUACUCGUGUACUGAAAGUCAGCCUCGACAGCUGGGGUCGGCCUCAAGACCAGGAAUUGUGUGGUCCCCUUCUCUCAGAACAAAAGCAAAGGGAGAGAGAUCUCCAAGGCCGAUUCCCUGGUCAGCCCCAAAGAGGAGCUGUCUGGCUGAUAAGUGCCUAAGUGCCGUUCUGGGCCUUUUCUUCGCCCUUCUGUCAGUUGUUCCUGCAGAGACGACCUACCACAGCCUGGAGGAUGGGGUCGUGGAGUACUGCACGACAGAAGCCCCCACGACGGUUACGGCGGAGGCGCCCUUGGAGAUGAUGGCGCAUCAGCACGAAGUAUCCGCGAAACCCCAGGAGCUGAAAAGCCGAAUCGCUCUGAACUCAGCCAAGCUCCUGCAGGAGCAGCGAGUGACCAACUUACACGUGAAGGAGAUUGCCCAGCACCUGGAGCAGCAGAAUGACUUGCUGCAGAUGAUCCGUCGCUCCCAGGAGGUGCAGGCGUGCGCGCAGGAGCGACAGGCGCAAGCCAUGGAAGGAACGCAGGCCGCGCUCAGCGCCCUCAUCCAGGUCCUCCGCCCCAUGAUUAAGGACUUCCGUCGAUUUUUGCAGAGCAAUACGCCCAGCCCUUCGGUGACCGCUGACCCCAGCCAGCCUGGGCAGCAAGAUGGCAUUAUCCAGUGAAAGAAACAGUGAUGGGACUCCUUUCUUGGAAAAAAAAAAAAAACAAAACUGCCUCUGCUGCCACUGGGCCCGGAGCGAGGGGGUGCCAGCUCUUGUCAAUGUGAAACGGCUCGCCUCGGAGGCUGGCCGAGCCCAGACAGCUUUCUUUCUUCUCCGCUAAUCUUAUGCUAAGCUGCCUUUUCAGACUCAUCGUGCGGAGGGGUAGCCGGAUGUGUAAUAAAGCAGGAAUGUAACAUUGGUUGCUUUAGUUCCCCAGAACAAUAGAUUUGUUUAAAAAACAAA